AUGUGGAUCUCACAUGUAAGGAACCCCAAGUUCCUGGAGGAGAAAAGUCAACCACCUGUGACAAACUUGAGUGUCUCUAUUGAAAACCUCUGCACAAUAAUAUGGACGUGGAAUCCUCCCGAAGGAGCCAGCCCAAAUUGUAGUCUAUGGUAUCUUAGUCAUUUUGGCGACAAACAGGAUAAGAAAAUUGCUCCAGAAACUCAUCGUUCAAAAGAAGUGCCCCUUAAUGAGAAGAUUUGUCUGCAUGUGGGGACCCAGUGUAGCACCAAUGAAAGUGAGAUGCCUAGCACUUUGGUGGAAAAGUGUACUUCACCCCCUGAAGGUGAUCCUGAGACAGCUGUGACUGAGCUCCAAUGUGUUUGGCACAACCUGAGAUAUAUGAAAUGCUCUUGGCUCCCUGGCAAGAAUACAAGUCCUGACACUAACUAUACUUUCUACUAUUGGCACAGAAGCCUGGGAAAGAUUCUUCAGUGUGAAGACAUCUAUAGAGAAGGUCAACACAUUAGUUGUUCCUUUGAUCUGACUAAAGUGAAGGAUUAUACUUUUGAACAACCCAGUGUCCAAAUAGUGGUCAAGGAUAAUGCAGGAAAAAUUAGACCAUCCUUCAAUAUAGUGCCUUUAACUUCUCAUGUGAAACCCGAUCCUCCACAUAUUAAAAGUCUCGUCUUCCAAAAUAAUGGCUUAUACAUACAAGGGGAAAAUCCACAGAAUUUGAUUAGCAGAUGCUUAUUUUAUGAAGUAGAAGUGAAUAACAGCCAAACUGAGAGACGUGAUGUUUUCUACGUUGAAGAGGCUAAAUGUCAGAAUUCAGAAUUUGAGAGAAAUGAGGAGGAGACAUUUUGCUUCAUGGUCCCUGGUGUUCUGCCUGAUGCUUUGAACACAGUCAGAGUAAGAGUCAAAACAAAUAAAUUAUGCUAUGAGGAUAGCGACCUCUGGAGUAAUUGGAGUCAAGAGAUGAGUAUAGGUAAGAAGCCCAAUCCUACAUUGUACAUAACCAUGUUACUCAUCAUUCCAGUCAUCAUCGCAGGUGCAAUCAUAGUCCUUCUGCUUUACCUGAAAAGGCUCAAGAUCAUUAUAUUCCCUCCAAUUCCUGAUCCUGGCAAGAUUUUUAAAGAGAUGUUUGGAGACCAGAAUGAUGAUACCUUGCAUUGGAAGAAGUAUGACAUCUAUGAGAAGCAAACCAAGGAAGAAACUGACUCUGUAGUGCUGAUAGAAAACCUGAAGAAAGCCUCUCAGUGAACGGAGAUAAUUUAUUUUUUACCUUCAAUGGGACCUUCUGAAGAUUCUUCCCAUUCUCUAUUUGUUAUCUGGGGACUUGUUAAAUGGAAACUGAAACUACUGGACCACUUAAAAAUAGGCAGCUCCUAAGAGCCAUAGGUCUUUAUGUUGAGUUAUGCACCAAAAACUAAACAUAAUGGGCCCUUUGGAAAAGAGAGUGGAGUCAUUCUCACUGAGUUAUAAAAGCAGACAUCCUUCGCAAGGCUUCAAACUAGGGGACAAAGCAGAAAGUGAUGAUAGCAGUAGAGGUAAUCUUAUCAAGAGUCACGACAACUUCCUGAGGGAUCUGUGCUUGCUUUGUAUUCUUUGUGUCAAACAACUCCAACAACUUUUAUUUGUAGAGGAACUCAUUUGGGGUAAAAAUGCCAAUGUCAAAUUUGAGUUACAAAGAACGUCUAUGAAACAAAAUUGAUAAAAUCUGGUAUCUGUUGUUUGGGAUCUGAUUGAGUAAUGUUUGUGGCUAUUGAAACUCUUAGUAGUUGGGAAUCAGCAUCCCCUUCAACAGCAUUUUCUUCUGCUUUGAAAGCCCCGGAAGUCAGUGUUGCCCACGAUGAUGACAACUACAGAAAAAGUGGAGGCAGCUUAUGUAUACCAAGAUCUUUCAAAACCAUUGCUGGCUUUUAAGGGCAGUGAAGACAGAAUGACUCAUUGGGUAGGAGUUUGAACCAUGAAGUCUCUAAUGAUGUAUUAUCUUCACCUCUGCUACUCAAAUCAAGUAUUUACUAUGUGUCUGGCUUGUGCUAUGCUCCCAGGUAUGAGGCACGGACUCUCUCCAAGGGUUUACAAUCUAGUUGGGACUCCUUGGUUUUUACCACUCUUAUCUCCACCAGUUGUUUUGUUUCAAUUCCUCAACUCUGACACUGAUUUCUCCUUUUGCAUUCUCCCUUAUUCCCUUCUUUGUAGCCUUUUGACUUUCAUUAGGAAUUAGGAUGUAAAUCUACUCAGGACACCAAGAGGAGCAGGGGGGGGGAUUUGUAACCCAUGUAAAGUGUCCGUAGACUGAGAAACAAUGACUAAUUCUUGCACAUUUAAAAAAUUUCAUGUGAGUGUGCAAAUUGUUGGAGAGUUUUCAGCGUUUGAUGUUUAUACAUUUUCUAAACAGAUGAGGUAUUAUCUUCACUUAGAACUUUGCUAUAUGCUUGAAAAAAAAGGAAUAAUUGAAUUUUUUUUUCUUUUUUUCUUAAUAAGAUGGGCCCUGGGAUUCCUCUUGUCCCUACCACAAAUGGUUAAUUAAGCAGGUUUUGUGCCUUACAAAGCCAGCCAUACAAGGCUCCGUUUAUGCUUUUUUUUUUUUUUUUUUUGGCUAUGUUGGGUUUCAUCUCACCCAUCCCCACAACAUAUCCAUAUAUAUUCCCUCUACUCCUAUGUCCCCCUCCAAUUUAAAGAAAUAUGAGAAUUGAGAGGUAUGCCCUCACUCACCUCCCCAUUGCUCUCCUUACACACAGACUCAGAUUACUGAUAGCAACUUGAGAACUUUGUAUCACAGGUUCUCCAAACAUUCACCAAUCAUAUUGAUAAGAUGAUACUACUUGUAAUUCCUGAUCUUAGGGGAGGGGAGAUAAGAAAACCAUACUCUCAACAGGUUUGGGCAAAGUGGCAACCUGCUUCCAUGGCUAUAGAGAAACACUGUACCCUGGCUUCUCUGAGGAAGUUGGGGUUCAUGGCAAUGGUAGAUAUAAAGUAUAGCUCUCCUUUGCUUUUACUUUGGAGGUCAGACUGAGGCUGGGAGACAGGCAUAUUGGAUGUUCCACUUUGUUGUACUCUUCUCUACAAAGAAUAUUUGGUUUUCCUGUGCAGGAAUGAAAUUCCUUUCCAGGUCCUUUAUAAUCUGGAAAGCAAAACAUUUACAUGCUGCACCCAAAGCCAUUUUUACCGUUAGCCUAUUUAGAUGGCCACGAGGAGGAUGCUUUUAAAUUCCUAAGGAACACCGAUGCUGACAGUCAUGCAGCCCUUGAGUGGAGGAACUAAAUUUUGUUCUCAUCUUCCUCUUUUUGUAGUAAACUAGCUGAGGGGAAAGGAGCCAGUGAAUUAUGCGAAUUCCUAUGGUUUCACAAUUGCUAAAAAGUGAUCCCCUUGAUCUUGGGAUCCCUUGGAGACUUCAGAUAUCAGUGGGAUUCCCAUCACCUAUAGGAAACUAGUGGGUUCAUUUACUAUUUUAGGUUUAACCUAUGUGGAUUUUUUUCUGCACAUGCCUAAGUAAAUGCACUGUGAGGAUGGUCAUUCUUAUUCUUUCAUUCAGAUAAGUUUUUUCUUCAUCUGGGCACUGAAGGGAUAUAUGAAACAAUGUUAAUAUUUUCAGUAAUGUAUUCACCCAGGGAUCAGGUUUUUGUUGUUGUUUAACUUCUUAUAGGAAAGCUUGAGUUAAAUAAAUAUUGUCUUUUUGUAUGUCA